AUGAAUCAAGGCCAGCGGUCGCGGUACAUCAAGACUGGUGCCGUGAUUGCGUUCGUCCUUCUGAUUGUAUACUACAUCCUACCCAGUCAGUAUGCGCCUUCAGCAUCCAUCCCAGGCACGGGCAAGUUCCCAGGCGGCGACGUGGCUUCCGACCUGUCGACAGCAACGUCGAGAUGUACAAAGAGCUACUCGAAAGACAAGCCUUUGGUGCAGUAUGCGCUGAUGGUAGAUGCGGGAAGCACUGGCAGCAGAAUACAUGUGUAUCGCUUCAACAACUGCGGGCCCACGCCGGAGCUGGAAGACGAAGUGUUCGAAAUGACUGCUAAGAAGGAGGGCGGCAGCGGACUCAGCAGCUAUAGGAGUGAUGCAGAGGGUGCGGCCAAGAGUCUGGACGUGCUCAUGGAUGUUGCGGUGAAGAACGUGCCAGAGAAACUUCAGGGCUGCACUCCAGUGGCUGUCAAGGCAACCGCAGGGUUGAGGAAGCUGGGACCGGAAAUGAGUGAAGCUAUUCUUAAAGCAGUGCGCGAAAGGCUGGAGACCGUAUACCCAUUCCCAGUCGUCAGCGCCGACAAGGGUGGUGUGGAGGUCAUGGACGGUAAGGACGAAGGUGUCUACGCCUGGAUCACGACCAACUAUCUCCUGGGCAAGAUUGGAGGCCCAGACAAGACGCCUACGGCCGCCGUCUUCGAUCUCGGAGGCGGCAGCACGCAGAUCGUCUUCCAGCCCACCUUUCCUAUGGCAUCAAACGGUGGCAUGCCGCAGAAGAUGGCGGAGGGCGAUCACAAGUAUUCGCUCAGCUUCGGUGGUCGGGAUUUUGACCUCUACCAGCACUCAUACCUAGGCUACGGUCUGAUGGAAGCACGCAACAACCUUCACCGUACGGUUGUGCAAGGCUUGUACGAUGCGCAUUCAACCGAUGCCAGUAAGUCAUGGCUGUCAGAACCGAUCAGCAACCCCUGCUUCCAACCCGGCAUCAGCCGCAACGUGGACGUCAACCUCGAGGAGAACCACCCUCUCGGCAAGACAGUCACGGUCAAUAUGACAGGUCCCGCGGCCGGUGCGCCAGCUCAAUGUCGAGCGCUUGCUGAGAAGACAUUGAAGAAAGACGCCACCUGCGCCCUCACUCCCUGCGCUUUCAACGGCGUACACCAGCCAUCACUGUCGAAGACGUUCGCGAGAGAAGAUAUCUACCUAUUCUCAUAUUUCUAUGACCGCACGCAACCGCUCGGUAUGCCGGAGUCAUUUACAUUGCAGGAGCUGAAAGACCUCACGGCGCAGGUCUGCUCGGGUCCGGAGAAUGACGGCUGGUCCGCUUUCGAGUCUGUACCUGGAGCUGUCGACGAGCUUGUUGGUGAGCCACAGACGUGCUUGGAUCUGAAUUUCAUGCUUGCUCUGUUGCAUACUGGGUACGAGAUGCCGAUUGAUCGCGAGGUGAAGAUUGCGAAGAAGAUCAAGGGCAACGAGUUGGGUUGGUGUUUAGGUGCCAGCUUACCGCUGUUGAGCCAAGAGAGUGGCUGGAAAUGUAAGAUCAGUCGGACAGGGUGA